AUGACUACAUACAUCCAAAACCAGCUUCCAUUAGGCGGCCGAGCUCAAUAUAUGCCUCUAAAUCUCGCUCGCAAGCUUCUCUAUGCCUUCUCACAAACUCCCUAUAAAGUCAUCUGGGCAACAAAUUCUUUUCCCAAGUCACUCAUGUGGGCAAAGAAAUUGAGGAUACCUAGAAAUGUAGUCCUUAUCCGCUGGGCUCCGUUGAAGGAGAUGUUAGUUCACCCAAAUCUACAGUAUCUGAUCAGCCAUGGAGGCAUUAACACCAUAAACGAGCAGCUUUUGUUCGGAGUCCCAAUGAUUGGAGUUCACCUACAAGGUGACCAAGGUUCAAAUGUUAGACGCCUGGCGGAUCUCGGCAGCUGCAAAAUGAUUUCUAUGCGUCGAAUCUGGCAGGAUGAAUUGCUUUCUACCAUGAAGGAGUUUGAGAGAAAUUUGGAAAGAUAUUGGAAAAGAGCUGGCCAACUUUCCUCAAUGCUCGCAACCUAUCGUAGGCUGCAUGUUGGAGAACAAGAGUUCUGGAUGAAAUGGACAAUUCGCCAUGGAACUAGGCUCCGUGACAGAAAUCUGUUUAGAAUGAACUACAUUGGCGACACGGAAAACGAGUUUUGGUUCACCAUUGUAAUGAUUUUUAUUGCAUCUCUAUUUAUUGCUUCAAUCUAA